AUGCGUACACAGGUUGAAAUAUUCUUGAACGAGAAGAAACACGCACUAGCAUCAAGGCUUUCGGAACCAAGGUGGUUGCUUCAGCUGGCAUAUCUGGCAGAUAUAUUCUCUGAGUUGAAUUUGCUGAACAUGUCCAUGCAAGGAAGGGAUGAAACUUAUGUCACUUUGUCAGAAAAACUCAAGGCAUUCAAGGCGAAACUGAGAUUGUGGAAGGGAAAGAUUGAACAGGGGAAUGCUGCGUCUUUUCCACUCUUGAACCUUUUUCUCAAAGAUAAAGAAGACGUCUCACUUCUGGACGUACAAAAUAUCAUUGUUGAGCAUCUUGAGAAGUUGAGUGAUGAGUUCGACAGAUAUAUUCCGGAUGAAGAAUUACACGAGAAAUACAAAUGGGUGCGCAGACCCUUCGAUGUCCAAGUCGAAGACCUCUCAGAAGAAGAGUCUUCCAUUCUAAGUCUCCAAGAGGAGCUCAUCGAAGUACAACAUGAUGAAACUCUCCUCUUCAACUUUCAGCGACAGUCACUCGGCGUGUUCUGGACUGCUGUUAAGAAGGAGAAACCAGUCCUUGGAAGCGAAGCUGUGAAAGUGCUCUUGCCAUUCGCUACUACUUAUUUGUGCGAAUCCGGGUUUUCCGCUCUGGCUCUCAUCAAAACAAACAGCAGGAAUCGGUUGCAACCUGAACACGAUUUGAGAGUAGCACUUUCCACGACUGAGCCCCGACUGGAGAAACUUACCAGCCAGAUCCAGGCUCAAGGCUCCCAUUAG